AUGGAGAGAAUUUUCUUAACUAGAGCAGGAGCAUCAAGCUGGCACUGGGAUCUAAGAACAAGCUUGGAUUCUUGGAAGGAAAAGGUGGUGAAACCACACACUACUGACGCAAAGUAUGCACUUUGGAUGAAGAACGAUUACAUGCUUAGAGGAUGGCUUUGCAGAUCUAUGGAUGAGAAGAUUGCUAACAACUUUACAUACAUAGAUUCUGUAGAGAAGUUAUGGAGUGAACUCAAAGAAAGAUAUGGAGAGAAUAAUGCACCAUUGCUCUACCCUCUAAAGAACCAAGUAAAGAGCCUGGAACAAGAACACAUGCUAGUAUUUGAGUAUUAUUUCAAGAUAAAACAGAUCUGGGAUGAGAUACAAGAUGCAGAAGGAUUACCUGAAUGCACUUGUAGUGCAAUGAAGAAAUGCACCUGUGAACUACUCAAGAAGUUCAUAGAGAUACAAGAGAGGAACAAAGCCAUAGACAUUGUAAUGGGAUUGAAAAAGAAAAAUGAAAAUAUAGCUGGAAAUAUAAUGCAAUGGAACCUCUUCCCACUUUGA